AUGGAGCAUCAAGCUGCCGCCUCGAAGAUUCAAGAUCUCCCCCCGGACAUCUUGUCGUCAAUCUUCAUUAGGAUCCAGGACCCUUUCGCCAGCAACUUGAUGUGCAUGAUAAAAAACAAGAACAUUCAGAAUGCUGCUUGCAACGAUGCCCUUUGGAAAGAAAUCUUCGCGCGGAUUUGGGGACAAGGAUUCUCUAGGAUCGAGGGGGAGGAUGCGUUCCAGCAAGGAUGCCUCGAGUGGAACAACAACCCCAGCAUACGCACAGCGUUCGGCGUACUUGAGAGGAUAGCGAAGUUCGAUUUCAAUCACAAUUACAACGAGUGGAUUGCAGACAUUGUGAGGGAAAAUCGGAGGGAGGAAGACAAAGCCAAGGUGAUCGUCAACUUCUUCUUCUGGCGGAUCCGGCAGAGUGUUGGUGCCGAGCAUCUUGACAAGACAAAAGAAAUCAUCUCGAUGUAUAUCACCAAAUCGAAGAAAGACUCUGAGUUCGGAAGCUUAGCUCUGCAUGUAAGACGGUGUUACAUGUCCAACUUCGACAUGCGCGGGCUAGGCCUCGUGGAUGCCCUGAGGGUCUUCCUUGCGAAGACAAGAAUGCCGACGGGGGCCUCAAAGAUCUGCAUGAUGCUGUGGGACUUCUCUGGAGAGUUUGCGACACAGAACGGAGGGUCACGAGGAGAACUGGACGAGCCGACCAAGGGUGAAGUUUCUCAUGAUGCCGUCUAUAUCCUGACUUGGUCGCUCAUUGUCUUGAACGCUGACGCCCACAAUCCUCAAGUGAAACCCAAGAUGAGGGAAAGGGACUGGGUGCUCAACACGUGCUCGGCGCUUCAUGGUGUGGGAUGUUACCUCGAUGCUGAAGAAGAGCUCUUGCUACGGCACGAUGCUCUAGGAAUCUCUUCUCCUCUGCCAGCGACCAACGGCAGCGACGAUGACGCAAGGGAGCCGGGCGAUCGCCCGCUGAGAUGGCAGCUGGAUGUUCUCAACAUGCGGCUCAUGUACCGGCAGGUGCACGCCAGCCCUCUGAUCAGCAAGAAGAACGUGUCUCCCAUCACCGGCAUGCCUGCGUUUCUGCAGGGAAUCUACGACUGGUGGAGUGCGAUGAAGACGCAGAUGCCUGUGCUGAGACAUCUGCAAGAAGCGUGGCGAGCAUGA